AUGCGUUUCUCCAUCGCCACAGCCAUCACCUUCGGUGCCCUCGCACUCGCUGCGCCCGCCGCCAUCAGGCGCCAGAACGGCCCCGUCCUCGCCGACACCACCUUCAAUGACAUCCAGAUCUCUGGAGGAACCGCCGGAAACGCAGAGGCAGAGGCCCUUGCCGCCUUCUCUGCGCUCGACCUCAACAACCCCGGCAACAUCGACCCCGCCGACGUGAAGUUCCUCGCUGAGGUCAACAACGUCGCCAACGAUGCCGAGAAGGAGGCCUUCAACACCCAGAUCGAGGCCGCAAGCGGCGAUGCCGCCACCGCUCUCCAGAAUGGCAAGAUCAAGAACAAGGUCCUCAAGCUCAUGGCCACCAAGAUCCAGCUCGAGUCCAAGCAGGCCAACGGCGAGGACGUCUCCGCCAAGCUCGCAGACGAGCUCAAGAAACUCAACAACAACAUCGCCACCGACACCAAGAACGCCGGUCAGGCUAGCACCGCUGUCGACUUCGAUGCUACCAUCUCUGGUGGCGGCAACUAA